UUACAGACACCUCAUUAAUCAAUUACUUAACUUCCUCCAUUCCUCUCCUUUCUCUCUUCUUCUUCCUCACUAUUUUUCUGUCACUUUAAUCACUCGCCCAAAAACCCACUGCCUUCUUCUCUACCCAGCAGCCACCACCAACAUUCCUUUCCCACACACACUCUCAACGCAUCCCCACAAGUCGCAGACACAAAGAACCCACUAGCAGGUUGUCAUGGUGGAGAACAGAACAGCAAAUCAACGCUACCCAUUUCCAAUUCGAGCAUAAAGUUGAUUCCUUUCCUAGAGCUUUGUUCCUCCCCCAAAUUUGCACUCGGUUCCAAUUCGAUGAUUGGGUUGUUCCGUGUUGUUGAUUGCUUGAUCAAAUGGUGACACUUAGUAACGCCUCUGUUUGUUCUUGGAUCGAUCACUUACUCGCUUGUAUGGGAACAGUGGUUGUUUUGGAUGCUGCGCGAAGCCCACACCGAUAAUUGCUGUGGAUGAGCCAUCGAAAGGAUUGAAGAUACAAGGCCGGGCAGUGAAGAAGCCUAGUGUAUUUGAAGAUUUCUGGAGCAGCAGCACAUGUGAGCUGGAUAAUAGUGCUAUUCAGUCUCAAAGAAGCGUAUCCUCAAUCAGUGCUUCAAACCCCAACACUAGCAGUGGUGGUACCAUGAGUGGCAGUACGACAGACUUUGUGAAUCAUGGUCUGCUUCUGUGGCAGCAGGGCAGGCUUCAAUGGACUAGGAGUGGUGAAUCUACCAGCAAUCAAACUCGUCAAACAUGCGGACCCCGAUUGAGUUGGAAUGCAACUUAUGAAAGCUUGCUUGGAAGCAGGAACCCUUUUCCCCGGCCUGUCCCGCUCGCUGAAAUGGUAGAUUUUCUAGUGGAUGUAUGGGAGCAAGAAGGUUUGUAUGAUUGAAUGAAGAACAAAACUCUUAAAAGUUGGGAGAUAUGCUUCAGAAUUGUACAUGUUUUUUUAAAACUCUUUACAUUCCCCAUUUCUCUAGACGACUUAUGUAUAUACUAAAUAGUUUCUGAAAAGAAACAGUUAAGAGGUAAAAAGGUUGAAAAGAAUGGAAAGGGCUUUAGCAUGUUUGAUCUUUGAGAUAAAUUGGCCUCUUGUGUUUGGUAUUUGGUAAGCUACGCCUACCAAGAACUUCCCUUUCUCCCUUGUAAAUGUGGCCAAUUGAACAAAUUGUUAUACUCUGAUUUCUUAAUAUAAUUUAUCAAUCUUUUGUGGCAUCUGAUAUGUGGAUAUGUGAUGAAGAUCCUAGUUGCUUGUGAUCGAUUAUCUUGCUUUGAUCAUACUGCGAUUGAACUUGUCACAAUCUAAUAAAGUUUGCAUCUUUUUUGUUAAAUUCAACUGAAAGCUAAAGACAAAAACACAGAAUAAUUGAAAACAUCAAAAGGGGAAGAAGCAAAAAAGAAACUAAGGUAGUAACUGCGCAACAAAUAACAAUGGCUAUCUAUCUCUCAAGGCAUAUUGCUGAACUUGUCGACCUGCUUCAUCUUGGAGAAAUCAAAGUUCUUCAAGAGGUCCUGCUGCUGAAUCUGGUCGCUGGUGGGUAAACCCAUCUGCUUCUGCCUCUGGUCGAACAUCAUCUUCUCCACCGUCGACCUAAGCUCCGGAUCCAAAUCGCUCAGCUUGCUGUUCUCCGGCUGCACCUUCUGGGUAUCAAUCUCCGGCCCGCCCUUCACCAGCGACUUCCACCAGCUCUUGUUCUUCUCCUCGAAUUUCGUCAGCAGAACAGAGACGGUCUUC